AUGGAUGCCAGCGGGAGUGAGUAUGAACAACCCCCACUGCCUUCAAGCGUGCGGAAGAGAAAGCGCUCAAUCGAGCAUGGAUCCUCGCAGGCUAGGAAGAAGCGCAAGCCAGCACUCGAUGACCUCCGCAAGCUGCUGGUUACCUACCGUGGCCUACAGCAGAUGCAACGGGAGCUGAACGAGCAACUCGCCCUGUGCGAACACCAAAUUGCCAAACACAAGUUUGGCAGUUUCUCUGGAAAGUCUCGCCGUCACCCCGGCCGCAGCCAUCCAUACGUCUUCCAGCGCGUACGGUCCCCACUGCGUGAAUUAGUCAGAGUAGAGGAAGAUUUACCCACGUUCUGGGGGCGCGUGGGACAAUGGUUGUGGAGGCGGUGGUAA